AUGUCUCUCGGUGAGCCCCGAGGUCGAGAGCGCAGCGGACGGCGCCCUCGACGAGCUCGACCCGCGACGGACUCUGCUGAGCUGCCGGGGCCCGCGGCUCCGACGGCGUGCCGUGAGCUCGGACGCUGGUGUUCUACGUGGCUCUGCGUCCUGGGCACCUCUGGCAGCGCUUCUGCCAGCCACGACCGGCAGGCUGCGGUGCCAGCGGGGUCGUUGCGCAUUGCGACCGCCGCGGCCAGUCCUAGAAUUUGUGUGAGCUUGGGGUGGAUGCCCUUCGAGCUUCCAUGGACCACCACCUCCACACCUCUUGGCGCUGGUAACAGCAAAGUCGAUGGUAUUUCGGUUGCAAGUGUCCCAUAA